AUCUUGAACUCGGUCGUCAGCGAAGAGUAACAACUCUUUCUAUCCAAAAACAAAGCAUCAGCUACAUCUCGGCCACCGACGACGCGAAAAGAACACUGUAACGACCAGAUCGCUUCACUGCGCUCAUCUGGAUCGACUACCGACUUUGACGCGGCGACAAAACGCGACACGGCUUUUGUUUUGCAGUUGAUAAUCGAGCAGCACUCGCUCGCCCCGCUUCUCUCUCCUUCUACUCGACCUUGCCACCGUUCUUUGUGAUUGUUCACGGCUGCACUCAGCCCCUAGACACGGCGCAAAGAUGGAUGCAGGAAUGUCUCAAGCCAACGAUGGCUAUGACUACAACCCAGAAUACGACUACAACAAUGAGCAGUAUGCCGACGGCGAUGACUAUGACGAGUCGUCCAUCUCCCAGGAGGACUACUGGAAGGUCAUCAACUCGUUCUUUGGAAACAAGGGUCUCGUCAGGCAACAGCUCGAGUCGUUCAACGAGUUUGUCGAGAACACGAUGCAGGAGCUGGUAGACGAGAAUGCUCGUCUUACCCUCGACCAGCACUCGCAACAUACCGGUGCCGUGGGCGAUGAGACGCGCCGGUACGAGAUCAACUUUGGUCAGAUCUACCUUGCCAAGGUGGCAAUGACAGAAAUGGACGGUCAGACGGUCAGCCUGUUUCCCCAGGAGGCGCGUCUGCGUAACCUCACGUACGCGGCGCCGCUCUAUGUGGACAUGAAGAAGUCGACCUUGACGGCUGGAAACGUGGAUGACCCGAUCGAGGCCCAGUGGCAACCCGCUGUGGACGCCAACGGUGUCAUGCAGGAGACCGAGGAGGACAAGAUCUGGAUUGGCAAGGUGCCAGUCAUGAUCAGGUCCAACUUCUGUUUGCUCGACGAUCUCCAGGAGGAGCAGAACUACAACCUUGGAGAGUGCCCCUACGACCAGGGUGGUUACUUUAUCAUCAACGGUUCCGAGAAGGUCCUCAUUGCCCAGGAGCGCAUGGCGGCAAACCACGUCUAUGUUUUCAAGAAGGCUGACCCCUCGGCCAUCACCUACUUCUCCGAGGUCACAAGUCAAAUGGAGAAGGGCGGCAAGAUGCCGUCCAAGACGGUUGUGCGCAUGUACGCACGUAACUCGGACCGAACGACCACUGGCUCGGUUAUCCGCGCGUCGCUGCCUUACACCAAGGUCGACAUUCCUAUUGUGAUCAUCUUCCGUGCCCUCGGUAUCGUCCCCGACCGCGACGUCCUCUCGCACAUCUGUUUCGACCCCAACGACACGGCCAUGCUCGAGAUGCUCCGCCCCUGUAUCGAGGAGGCCUUCUCGGUUCAGGACCGCGACACUGCGCUCGACUUUAUCGGUCGUCGUGGCCAGCAGGAGAAGGGCACCAGGUUGACCCGUCAGCGUGCUGCCUUUGACAUUUUGCAAAAGGAGAUGCUCCCCCACGUGUCCGUCUCGGAGGGCUUCGAGUCCAAGAAGGCCUACUUCCUCGGCUACAUGGUCCACCGUUUGUGUUCCGCCUCGCUCGGCCGCCGUGAGCUCGACGACCGUGACCACUUUGGCAAGAAGCGUCUCGACCUUGCUGGUCCCCUGCUCGCCAACCUGUUCCGCAUCCUGUUCAAGAAGCUCACCCGUGAUGUCUACCGCCACUUGCAAAAGUGUGUUGAGACGCACAAGGAGUUUACACUUGUCAACGCCAUCAAGCCCGGUAUCAUCACCAACGGUCUCAAGUACUCGCUCGCUACGGGUAACUGGGGUGACCAGGCCAAGGCGAUGCAGGCGCGUGCCGGUGUGUCGCAGGUGUUGAACCGCUACACUUUCGCUUCUACCUUGUCGCACCUGCGGCGAACCAACACGCCCAUUGGUCGUGAUGGUAAGAUUGCCAAGCCGCGUCAGCUUCACAACACCCACUGGGGAAUGGUCUGCCCCGCCGAAACACCAGAAGGACAAGCAUGUGGCCUGGUCAAGAACCUUGCCCUCAUGUCGUACAUCUCGGUCGGUUCCUACUCUGCCCCCGUCAUGGAGUUCCUCGAGGAAUGGGGUCUCGAGGACCAGACCGAGUACUCGAACGCGCCAAGCGCCACCAAGGUGUUCGUCAAUGGUGUCUGGAUGGGUAUCCACCGUGAUGCCGUUACCCUGCACCAGAAUCUCUUGCAGAUGCGUCGUGGUGGCCAGCUCAAGCACGAGGUUUCGAUUGUGCGCGACAUUCGUGAGCGCGAGCUGCGACUCUACACCGACGCCGGUCGUGUCUGUCGACCACUGUUCAUCGUCAACGACGACCAGACUCUCAUGCUUCAACGCAGCCAUAUUGAGCGCAUCGAGGAGCUGGAAGAAGAGGAAGGAAAGGCAUGGGAGGAGAUGCUGUCGACGGGCAUUGUCGAAUACGUGGACGCUGAGGAGGAGGAGACCAUCCUCAUCGCCAUGGUUCAGGAGGACCUCGAGAACGCGCGUAAAUUCCACACCCGUGAGGAGGUCAACAAGGACCACGCUCUCCACAGCAUGGAGGCGUUCGACCCCACCGCGCGUGUCAAGAGUGCCAACUGGUCGCAGACCUACACCCACAUGGAGAUUCAUCCCAGUAUGAUUCUCGGCGUCUGUGCCAGUAUCAUUCCCUUCCCAGACCACAACCAGUCGCCCCGUAACACCUACCAGUCGGCAAUGGGCAAGCAGGCCAUGGGCAUCUACUUGACCAACUACCAGCUGCGUAUGGACACGAUGGCCAACAUCCUCUACUACCCGCAGUCUCCUCUGGCAACGACGCAGUCGAUGAAGUACCUCAAGUUCUCCGAGCUGCCUGCUGGCCAGAACGCCAUUGUCGCCAUUCUGUGUUACUCGGGUUACAACCAGGAAGACUCGGUCAUUAUGAACCAGAGUUCUAUCGACCGUGGUCUGUUCCGAUCGCUCUACUACCGUGCCUACACCGACACGGAGAAGAUGGUCGGUAUGCAGAAGGUCGAAGCCUUUGAGAAGCCGAACCGCGACGAGACGCUUCGCAUGAAGCACGGCCCGAGCGACAGGUACUCCAAGCUGGACGGUGACGGUCUCAUCACCCCGGCUACCAACGUCAACGGUGACGACAUCAUCAUUGGCAAGACGGCGCCCAUCCCGCCCGACAGCGAAGAGCUUGGCCAGCGAUCUGCCACGCACACCAAGCGUGACGUCUCGACGCCGAUGAAGAGCACGGAGCAGGGUGUGGUCGACCAGGUCAUGAUCACGACGAACGCCGAUGGUCUCAAGUUUGUCAAGAUCCGCAUCCGAUCGACCCGUGUUCCGCAAAUCGGUGACAAGUUUGCGUCGCGUCACGGUCAGAAGGGUACUAUUGGUAUCACGUAUCGCCAGGAGGACAUGCCGUUCACCGCCGAGGGUAUCACGCCCGACAUUAUCAUCAACCCUCACGCCAUUCCAUCUCGAAUGACGAUUGGUCACUUGGUCGAAUGUCUGCUGUCCAAGCUGGCGACUCUGACUGGUAGAGAGGGUGACGCUACACCGUUCACCGACCUCACGGUCGAGAGCGUGUCCAAGCUGCUCCGUGAGCGAGGAUACCAGUCGCGCGGUCUCGAGGUCAUGUACCACGGCCACACAGGCAAGAAGCUCCGCGCACAGGUCUACUUCGGUCCCACGUACUACCAGCGUCUCAAGCACAUGGUGGACGACAAGAUUCACGCUCGUGCCCGUGGUCCUCUCCAGAUCCUGACUCGUCAGCCUGUUGAGGGUCGUUCGCGUGACGGUGGUCUUCGAUUCGGUGAAAUGGAACGCGAUUGUAUGAUCUCUCACGGUAUCGCGGCGUUCCUCAAGGAGAGGAUGUACGAGUCGUCGGACGCGUUCCGUCUGCACGUGUGCGACCAGUGUGGUCUGAUGGCCAUUGCAAACCUCAAGAAGCAAGAGUUCCACUGCACUGUUUGUCGGAACAGCACGCAGAUUAGUCAGAUUUAUAUCCCUUACGCUGCCAAGCUCUUGUUCCAGGAGCUGCAGGCGAUGAACGUCACUGUGCGCAUGUACUCUGACGGUGACGACUAGGUGGCGUACGGAGACGGACCUGAAUUGUCCGCUUCUUGGGGUGGUGGGGCUGGGGCGAGUGGGUGAGGGUUGCGAGAGUCGACCUACGUCUUGGGGUUCUGGGACUCUGCACCACACCUCUUGCCCCGAGCACAUCUCGGUGGGUCUCCAACCCUGCAUGGGCGUCGAGCACGUCUAGACCCAGCUGGGCGCAAGAGUAUGGUGGCGAGUGUUUGUGUGGUGGGCGGCGGCCAAGGGCGGGUGAAGGUGGAGGUUUGCGAACCAAAUAUGGCGGCGUGGUUGGUGUAUCAUUGUUUGUGGGGUAGACGUAGCAGCAGUUAGUAGUAGUAGUAGCAUUACGCAUUCAUGCAUGACCUAGCAUUG